AUGAAGUUUAGAGGUACUAUUUACACAGAUGGUACCUAUGACAGUAAGAAGAAAGGUUCUGGAGGCGGCAUGCGAAAUGAUAAGAAGAUAGAAGAAGACAUUGCUUACAUAGAAAGUCUGUCGCAAGAAAAACUUCGAGAAAGAACUUACAAAGAUAAUUGUGUUUUGAUUGACCCCGGACGGCGUGAUAUGUUGUUCUGUAUGCACGAAAGCAGUACCGUUGAAAAGAAAAGAACUUACCGUUAUAUGAGAAAUCAAAGGAACAUGGAAACAAAAACAAGAAAAUUCAUGAAACUUUGUGAAAGACUGAAACCAGAGGCCGUAAGCAAUGCAGAAGCAAUUCUUUCACGUUUAAAGUCAUCCACAGUCAUAAAAGAUCAAUACGUAGAAUAUAUAAGACAGAAAGCUACCGUGACUCAACAAUCUGACAAACGUCUUUGUAAGAGUAUCAAAAAACAUUUUAGCAACGAUGCUGUUAUUGUUAUUGGUAACUGGUCUGCGGGAAAUGUCAAGUUCCAUGAACCGAUUAGAGGAGUUGGCAUGAGAAGAAUGCUUCAAAAAGAAGGUUUUCUGGUACACCUGAUUGAUGAAUUCAAAACGUUCAGUAUAUGCUCGGUAUGUAAAGGUGAUGUAGAAACUUUCAAAGAAGUCGUGAAUCCAAGGCCCUUUAGAAGGGAAAAAUAUCCAACCGUAAAACGUCAUGGUCUUUUAAGGUGUAAAAAUGAACAAUGCUUGAAGGAAGGUCGUCGUCUUUGGAACAGGGACUUACUCGCCACCCUCAACUUUUGCGAGAUUCUCUUUAGUUUACGUGCCACGGGUGAGUUCAUUAUUUUAAUUUUAUUUUUUACUUCAUCUGAAAACUAA